GAUAAACUGUGGCAACAGAUUGUUGAUUCAGUUCAUUGAACCAAAAGCAAGCGUUACCAACUACAUCGGAGAACGUAAUCCUUUUUUCGCUUGUUGAAAUGAUAGGAUAAUGCCAAAGGUACGCAAAGCAAAACCUCUGAUACGAGCGAUAAAAUCAGCAGAAAUUUUACCACCAUCGCCGCCUUCGUCGUCAAUAGUUUGCCAUUCGUUGUCAGCUACCAGUUCCGAAAGCGCUAGUUUUUUCGUCCCGAUAGUUGCUGUGCUUGACAAACGUCGCUCCAGUAUACGUUCUAGGGAGAAGGAGAACGACUCGCUCGACAAGUUAACCGGUAAGUUUCACUCGAAACUAGUGCUCAUCGAGGAUCGUAGGGUGCGAAAACUACGGAACAUUACCGAAACCCUCAAUCAGCCGGUGGUCACUGUGGAGGUACGCAAGCGGAAGGUUUCCGAGAACGACGGUAAAACCGAACUAGGCGACAAACGGAAGCGGAAAAAAUCAACGGAGCAGGACUCUGGCGGAAAGGAUGAGGCGGCCUGGAUCGCCGAAAGUCAGGAAAAUCUUAAGAGCGCUUUGGGAAGGCACUAUUUUGAUGUGAGACAAAGAUUGAAUCUGGACUGUGUUCCGAGUUGUCUGCAGAAUGUGGCACAGUGUGCGGAGCUUCAUGCUCGCCGUCAGAGUCAGGCCAACAGGAUGAACAGCCGGAGGCAACGUGAUACCAAGGAAUUGCUGGUCGAAAACCGUCCUCUUCAGUUUUUGGAUUAUCUGGAGCAGGCACUACUUCGCAAUGAGUUCGUUGAUUCUCAACUGUUCGUAAAGGCGCUGGAAUUGAUUCUUACUAUCAACAAGCCUUCGAUGCAGUUGAACGCCGAUUACGAUAUCUGUGGAGUUUUGCAGCAUACCGUGGAGAUUCUGGACCGGACGGUGGAGCAAUUUCCGCCCUGCUGGUUAGAUCUUAAGACGGCUUAUCAGGGAAUCAUUUUCGGCGAACUGGAAGAGGAUUGUUUUGUUAAAUAUGGUCGAAGCGAAGGUAUUUUGAAAGUGGUUCUAUGCUUGAUGGAGCGUUGCUUAGAAAGAGAUGACCACCAGGUCGGGAAGAUUCAUAGUAAUGAAAGGGCGAUGGCAAGUUUUUACCUGUGGGAGCAGGAGAAUCACCAAAAGUAUGAUUUUGAGUUAUUGUCAAGAGAGGAGAAGCUAGAGAGGCUAUUUCUGGUACUGCAAAUUUUAGUCAAGAUACUGGAGCUGGAUCUGUCGAUGUGGAUUAUGAGGCAUCCUCAUAAAGCAAAGGAAAACAUGAUUAAUGAAAAUCGACAGCCUCUGAUUGCCAGUGUUUUAUGGCACGAACACUCCACUGUAGGCGAGGUGAACUCGCUCGUCAAACGAAUUAUCAAUCUGUAUGUCAAUGUGAUAGCGUUGAAUUAUCCUGCGGAUAGCAUUCAGGUUCUUUCGCGCUUCAUUUCCGUCAUCGGUACCGCCAUCAACUUGAGCGAAAUCCAGUACGAUGGAACGAUAGAUUAUCCCUGUAUUAAGGACAAUACACGAUAUUUUGCGAGACAAAUUUCGCGCUUCCUGGAAUCUUCCGGAUAUUACAGUGUGUCGCUUUGUUUGCGUUUGAUCGAACAAAUGCGUUCACCACUGAUUCGAAUGAUUCUAGUGGAUGAUUUUUUCCAGCGGCUGAACCAUCAAACGGGUCCACCUUCGGUAGCUUCCACGGUGAAGCAUCUAGCCAAAGAAAGGUGGAAAAAGUACCGCCCAGAGUUGCCUUCAGAGCCUGCAGCGCCAAUAGACUGCCGAUAUCCACUUUUGGACGCUAAGCGACAUAAACGGCCGACUCAAGAAAUCAGUCGCCGUCAGUACGUCAAUUUACUGCUGAUGGGUUUCCGAUCGUAUAUGGAAGUGUACCCACUUCAAAGUUACUUUCAAAGUUUAAAACGAUCCUCGGCAAUCGCAACUAAUUCAAUCGCCCCCUCGAGUUCAAGCUCCCCGCGAACACCCUCUCGGCAGGAGCUGAAGUCGAAUCGUUACGAUUUUCUUGCUUUGGAAAAAAAUAUCGCGAAACUAUCGAAGCAGCGUCAACCGAACAAAACGAUCGUUCGUAGUGCUGCCCAAAAGUCCCACAUUCCGAUGGUGCUGGAAGAGGUUAAUCUUAGUCCCAACGUACUGGUUUAUUAUCGGGAUGAGAUUAAGCAUCUGCUGCUGAUUCAACGUUGGCUUCGGAUGAAAGCGGGUACAAAUUCCGACAAUCGGUUCGUGUUUGAACCGUGGAAGCGCUACAUGGCAACGGUAGAUGAAACGCUCGCUUGCGAGUGAUCGAAACGAGACAGACUAAUUAGGGUUACAAUUAGAGAGCGAGAGUAUUUUUAAGGCUAACUCGGAGAAAUGCUGUGAAUAAAUCGAGUUCUAUUUUCAAAUGUG